AGGGGAGUUAGACUACAAAAUUUCAGUCCAAGAAAAUAGGAGCAAUUCUAAUUGUUUCCAUAUAUAAAUGAAUGAAACAGUGAAGCAUAUUAGAAACAAUCCAAACAGACCAGAUCAACAGCUGAUCUGAUGCGUGCUCAUCAAACAUGGGCGGGAUACAAUUCAUGAGCGCCAUAAAAAAGAUGAUCAAUAAUAACUACAGGUUCUUCACCAAAAGGAAGGAAAAGGAAGAAGAUGAAAAGAAAAAGGUGCAGAACAAUAAUAAGAUUGAGCAGAGCAGCAUAGCCCAAAAAUGGACGAUUCUGAGCGGAAAAAACAAAUGGGAAGGGCUAUUAGACCCUCUGGACGACGACCUCCGGCGAUACAUAAUCCACUACGGCGAAAUGGCCCAGGCGACCUACGACAACUUCAACCACCAGAAAGCGUCGAAGUUCGCCGGAAGCUGGCGGUACUCAAAACAGAGCAUGUUCGAAAUGGUCGGGCUGGAGAAGGGGAACCAGUUUAAGUACUCCGUAACCAAGUACGUUCAUGCGACGUCUUCUAUUCCGGUCCCCGACGCUUUUAUCGUCAAAUCGGAGUGGAACAGAGAGUCGAAUUGGAUCGGGUAUGUGGCGGUGGCGACCGACGAGGGGGCGGCGGCGUUAGGGAGGAGGGACAUAGUGGUUGCUUGGAGAGGGACGGUUCGGAGUUUGGAAUGGGUUAAUGAUUUUGAGUUUGCGUUUGUGGAGGCGCCGAAGAUAUUCGGGGACAGCGCCGCCGCCGCCGAUCAUCCUAAGGUUCAUCUUGGAUGGUAUUCCAUUUACACUUCUGAGGACCCAAAAUCGCCGGUAACUAAAAUCAGUGCAAGGGACCAGGUCCUUGCAGAAAUUUCUCGAUUGGUGAACCAGUACAAGAAUGAGCAGAUCAGUAUAACCAUAGUUGGCCAUAGCAUGGGGGCAGCCGUUGGAACCCUAAACGCUGUUGACAUAGUCAUCAACGUAUUAAACAAGGGGGUGGCUAGAAAUUCCACCUAUUCUGUGACGGCCUUCCUCUUCGCCAGCCCACGAGUGGGAGAUAUAAACUUCAAAAAUGCAAUAUCAAAGCUACAAGAUAAUCUUCAUAUUCUUCGUGUUAGGAACGGGUUCGAUAUCGUUCCAAAUUAUCCUCUUAUAGGCUUCGCAGACGUCGGUGAGGUGUUACCGAUCGACACCACGAAAUCGGAGUACCUAAAGGUACCCGGAGAUUUUACGACUUGGCAUAGCUUGGAAGCUUACUUGCAUGGAGUUUCUGGGUACCAAGGAGCAAAAGGACAGUUUAAGAUUGAGAAAGGGAUACGUGAUAUUGCAUUGGUUAACAAGCAUUUGGAUGCUUUGAAGGAUGAGUAUAGUGUGCCAAGCUCAUGGUGGGUUGACAAGAAUAAUGGGAUGGUUCAACAAGAUGAUAGGACUUGGAUUCUCAUGGAUCAUGACUCAUGAGGAUGCUGAUUUUUCUCCAUAAAGUAUGUUGGAGAUUUAUUGAAAAGUAUAUUGCUCAAGUAUUAAUUGGCAAGGUCCUUAACAUUUUAUAAAUAAAUGUUGUACGUGCAUUAUAAAAUGGUGUUAUAAGAAUUUUAAUUGUAAUGGAUAUUAUUAUUAUUGUGAGCACCGCACUUGUACACGUGUAGAUGUGGUUUCGUAAUAAUAAUAUUAUUAUUUAUUAUUUAAAUGCUCUCUUUGCUCAUUUUGAAAAGGAACUGUUUCUUUAUAUACG